AUGACAGUCCCAACUAAAUAUUCGCUCUCAACCGAUGGUCAGAUAUACCGUGACCUCUACGGAAAUGUCGACGCCGAGCUCUUGAGGGAAGUGCAGGGGGCUGACCAGUCGAAUGUGGAGACUCUGGUGCAAAGCAUCGUGCAACUUGCCGCGCGAACGCAAGGCGAUUUCCACGUGUCUCGGAGUACUUCCACGAGCAGGAAAGUCGGCGCUAAAGUCCAACAGCUAGCCAGUCGAAUACACGAUUUCAUGCAGGUGUUCUCCGGAAUAGUUGAGGUUAUCAAGGGCGUUGAUGCCCAGGCUGGUCCUAUCGCCUAUGGCUCGUUUGUCUUGCUUUUGGCAAUCGCGAAGAACAAGCAAAUGCACGAGGAUCUUAUUUCCGACACACUGGAGACGUUUCGUUGCUGGCUAUCGAGGCUGAAGAUGAUUAGCCUUGCAGAGCAACGGGAUGAAACCGUGCAAAAGCACAUCCUCGAAAUCUAUAUCAAAAUAAUAGACUUCGCGCAGCAAAGUAUCAGAUAUUAUUGCAGCUCAUCCGCUCGAAGGAUUUUCCGGGGUAUCUCUAAACCGCCCCAGCUUUACGCAAAGAAAUAUGCGGAUGAGAUCAAGGAGAGCAUCGCGGACUUAAUGCAGGGGCUGCUUGUUCUCCAACACACCAUAAUCCUUGAGAUGAGUUAUACUACCCAGGCAACCAAUCGUCUUCUCUCAGAUGGCCACGCGGAACUCCAUGAAAUUCACAUAGCGAAGGUUAGAAAGCUAUUCAAUGUCCCCCCAACACUCAGCGCCGAAGAUAUGCUUCAACGCAGCAAAGGAAGGUUCAACGGCAUGUUCGCAAGAGGCAAGUCCAAAACAGGGACCGGGAGAAGGGCCCCACCCAGGCUCGAGCAGGUCAGCCUUAGCAUGGUCUCGCAGUGCCCUGCAUACAAGGAAUGGGUAAACAGCGAGUCCUCUAGCCUUCUUCUACUCGAAGGCGAUAACUAUGACUUAUACGACGCGAGCCCACGGGUCUGCUGGCUGUCACCCGUCACAAUUGAGUUUUAUGAGCAUGUGAAGGAAUUUGAGAGGAUUCAUGUCCUUUUUCAUUGCAUUGAGGGAAACCAACGACCCGAGAGUGGCGUUAUACUGAUGCUGAAAAGUAUAAUAAUACAGCUGUUGGAACAGGACAUACAUCUAUGCGCAAAGCGAAUUGACGAUAUUUGCGAUGCAUUCAAAGACCCGCCUCCUGAGCUUGACGAGUUGAUUUAUUCCAUGUUUCAAAUCCUCGAAACCAGCUUCCAAGAGAUUCCCCUAGGACAAACAGUAUACAUCGUGCUGGAUGGGGUUGAGCAUCUUGGGUCUGAAAUUCCUAAAGAUCUCUUUGGCUCUUUGUUACAUCUUCUGGACCGUCAAGAUCUUAAGGCAACGGUCAAGGUAUUUGCUGUCUGUCGUUUGGGUUAUUGGCCGAAUAAAUCAAGGUCAAACGACUCAUCGCGAAGCUUGAAGGAGGCCAUAGGGCUCGGAGGUCACGUGGAUCUGAUGUCGCGGGUGCUCUAUCAACCGGGCUGGAAGCAGGGCACAUUGAAAACACCAAAAAAAUUGACGUAA